UCUCCUCUACCCUGGAGGUGUCUCAGCCACCAAAAGUAGGCAAAGGCAACACCACCCAUUCCCGCUCUACUAAAUUGGCGUCGACACGUACACCCAAGGCAGGUUAAGGUAUCAUUUCCCAUGCACGCCCAACCAACACUGGCAAGGGUCAACACUCGACUCGCCGCUUACAUGGGACGAAGCUCCCGAAGCCGGACGCCUCGAAAAAUUAAUAUGGUAGUAAGAUGCAUCCAAAUAAACUUACAACAUGUCAAGGCGGCUUCAGCGGUUCUGGCACAGACGUUUUAUGAGGAUCACUUUGACAUCGCCUUUAUCCCGGAGCCGUACAUUUAUGGGAACCAGAUAAAGGAACUACCAGAAUUUACCAAUAAGGACCAGAUUGCAGUGAAGGUGAGCCUAUCUCUCGGAGUAAAUACGCAAGAGCUAAUCAUUUGCUCAGCGUACCUCCCCGGCAACUCCAGAGAUUACGAGUUUCUGCCACUACAGGGACUAGUGGACUAUUGUGGCAGACAGAAACUGCAACUCAUCGUGGGAUGUGACGCUAACGCCCACAAUACCAUAUGGAGCAGCAGUAACAUAAAUCAAAGAU